AUGAGUGAAUACGAUUAUUUGAUCAAAUUCCUAGCCCUCGGAGAUUCGGGCGUUGGCAAAACUUCAUUCCUGCAUCGUUAUACGGACAAUACGUUUACUGGACAAUUCAUUUCUACAGUAGGCAUUGAUUUCAAGGAGAAGCGAGUUGUGUAUAAAAGCACACGUGGAGGCUUCGGAGGUAAAGGACAACGAGUUUUACUUCAAUUAUGGGACACUGCAGGGCAAGAGAGAUUCCGAAGCUUGACGACAGCAUUUUUUCGUGAUGCCAUGGGAUUCAUCUUGAUCUUCGAUAUAACCAACGAACAAUCAUUCCUUAAUAUCCGUGAUUGGUUAUCACAGCUUAAGCUACAUGCAUACUGUGACACCCCUGAUAUCAUCAUUUGUGGCAAUAAGGCAGAUUUAGAAAAUCGGCGGCAAGUCAGUACAGCAAGGGCUAAACAAUUAGCUGAUCAAUUAGGCUUGCCAUACUUUGAAACUUCAGCUUGCACUUCUACUAACGUAGAGAAGGCUGUAGACUGCUUGUUAGAUCUCGUAAUGCAAAGAAUACAACAGAGUGUUGACUCUUCCUCUGCAAUCCCACUAUCAGAAUGUCGAGGAUUAAGCUUGGACACCGAAGCACCUCCCGCAUCAAGCUAUUGUGCCAAUUGCUGA